AUGAUUUAGAUGAUUCAUCAAAAACUUUAAUCAGGAUUGAUGUUUUUGAAUCUCGAGAAAUAUAAUUUAAAUAGCUAAUCCUUUAUAAAGAGAAAUAGAUUUUAUUUAUUUUGGUAUAACAAAUUAUUCAUGUGGUAUCAAUAGGGUCUUAACCUGAUGUGA